ACGGCACCGACUCCAUUAGUUCGCACAUUAGGCCGAGUUAGUCGAAUUAUUUAAUUAAAUAAAGUAAUUGAAUAACUUAGUGAAUUAAUAACGAUUAUUCGAUGCGGCCGGCUCUCAUCCAAGUUGAAGUGGACAAGUGAAGAUUUUAUUUUGAAAUGAAGUGACAGUGCCCGAUUACUUAUUGAAAGAAACGACUUUUUAAAUUAAUUUUUGAGUUUAAUUCGUGAAGAUGGAGCAGAAUAAAGAUACUCCCAACGGCAUCAGACCAGAGGCCGUAAAAAACUACGACAUGAAAGCAGCAGCUCAAGCCAACUACGGGAUAAACCACGUGAACUACACUGAGACCAAUCACAACCUGUUCCAGAUGAUCAAAUGCCACGAAGACAGUCUUCUGAGGCUCCAUCACCUCACAGCUGGACGCCAGAUGAACGGUACCUAUGACCCUUCUUACCAAAACGACCUAAUGUGGUACCCUAAAGACACCCAACGACAAUACAUCAAACCUGGCUACACCUACGACGAAAUGAGAAGGAAGUACGAUGAAGCAAAAGGCACUAAAGAAAGAGAAAGCCAGAAAGAGUCAGAAGAAGAAAAAGAAGGAAAAACAGACGACAGAAAGAAGCCAAGGAGGAACAGGACCACGUUUACGAGCCAACAGCUGGCAGCAUUGGAAAAGGUUUUCGAAAAAACCCAUUAUCCAGACGCUUUUGUUAGAGAGGACUUGGCGGCGCGAGUCAAUUUGACUGAAGCUAGAGUUCAGGUAUGGUUUCAAAACCGACGGGCCAAGUUCCGGAGAAAUGAACGAUCUGCAUUGUCCAGUCACCGGUCAUCCACAAGUCACGGAUCUCCUGAACCUAUACCAGUUCCAAUCGGAAUCCCAAACCAAGCUGACCCCCGACCAGAUUACAACAGAAACACCAAAGAACCCUGGCUACAUCACUUUCAAGCUAAUAAUCUGAACUUAAACAUCGGCAUCCCCAUCCCAAACUCAGGGCUAUACCAAAACGAUUAUUCCUUGAUGAUGCAAAAUAUGGGAAACAGGCAAUAUGUUCCUAACUCAAAUACUUUGAUGAGCCAAGGUGUAAUGGGCUACGGAGGCUCAACGGAAAAUUCUUACGGUUCGUGCGCACUUAUUAGUGGCUAUAGUGGCUCUUUACAACCCGCACAUCAUAGUUCUUACAACUUGAAUCUACGAUUACGCCCCCAUGAUUUUAGUAUAAAUAAUAUUACUUUAUGAGAUGUACAUUAUUAUGAAUUAUGUGAGUAAAUAACAUUU